AUGGGACGCAAGCCAGCUCUGAGAACGAAAAUAAAUCACGAGAAAAUAGAACUUGCCAAGAGAGAACUGAAGAUGAACCAAGAGACGGAAGCGAAGCGGAUGAAAAUUGAUCCGGACGUGAUCGUCAUUGAGCAGGCGAGGAACGACAUGAGCGACGAAGAUCUCCGAGACGAAGACAUGCCUGGCCCUUCCCACGCGUUCAAUCCCCCAUCUCCAGCUGAUGAAUUCGACAAUCAAGACGUGAAAAACUAUGCGAACAUUCAACAGGAGUUUCGUGAUCGUCGACAGGCUAUUCUCAACAACUUGAAUUCUUCCUUGAAUGAAAUGGAAGCUGAUUAUAAUGCGAUUGCCAUCCUCAAUGACGAACUUCUCCUUGAUCGACAGACUAGCCAACGAUUGAAGCGCGAUAUCGACGAACUAGCCGCUGAGAUUCAAUUGAAAAGUGCCCAGAAAGAUGUCCUCGAUAAAAAGUACGAGACUAUCAACAAGAAGAUUGAAACGAACGAAAAAUCCCUCGAUAGUGCAGAAGAAAGAAUCCGAACAUUUGAAGUUCGAUACAAGCGAGAUCAACAGAAACCCGACGAAAAGCCGGGAAAAGUUGGCGAGUUUGAGUGUCCGAUUUGCAAGGAGAUCUGUGGCACGGAAGAAAAGCACAUGGUGUGUCUUAUAAACUGUGGCCAUCGUUUCUGCAAAGACUGCAUUGACAGAGUCCUAGACGACGCCAACAAUGAUAGAGAAGAAAGACGCCGUCAUCGAAUCAAUGCUUUUCUCGACGAGCAACAACGUCUAUUCAAUGGGUUUGAUGGAGUACGGCGAGAAGCAGAACAAGCACGACAAAUGGCAGUAGAACUACGGCAGGCAGCUGAUGAAAUACGACGGGGUCCCCGCCAAGCGCGAAUUGCAAGAAGAGCAGCCCGUCCUUAUGGCGUGAGACUUGAUGUCCCUGGGGAUCCCGUUGCUGCCGAUGCUCAACCUGCACCUGCCGGCGCAGAAGGAGACAACAAUGCUGCAGAUCCUCUGGCGGAUAACGUCGCAAACCCACCGGCGGCCGGUCGUCAAAUACCUCGCCUAUACCAGCGUCACCGUUUGGGAAGGCACAUGAUGAUUGGCCGUGAUUGGAGAGAUGACAAUUUCGGCCGCUUUCUCAACAAACGAUGCCCAACAUGCCAGAAAAACUUCAGACGAGAAAAUGUCGUCCGACUCUUCUAG